CACUAGUUGGUGGGUCAAAAAUCUCUCGACUUUCGACUAGCAAACAUUUAUGUCAAGUGCGCAACAACCGACUGUUCUCUUUUUACGACGAAUUCAAUUUUAAGUAAAAUUUUUGAACUGUAGUGCUGCCGAAAUUAUCAAAAGACUGAAGAAGCUCUGUGUGAAUGUAGCAAGAAUAGUAAUAUCAACUAUAGACUAAAUCGAUCUUGUAUUGCGUUGAAAAACGCAUAACUUCUAGAAAAUAGCCCCAAACAUGUUUAAGUUAGCGCAAAAGCUAUUGCCGCAGCAGCGUUUACUGCAGCGCCCUGCAUUAAUGAGUAGAUUUAUAUCAACCAGCGACGAAGUUAAAUCUGUGGAUACAAUUGGCGGCCUGCCCUCUGAAUUAGUCAUCGAGCAGAAACUAAAGAAGACAACGAGAACCUUAUCAACGCUUCAAAAUCAUUCGGUGCCAAUUGCAGCGCGCGUCACAGUUUCAAAAGAUGAAAGUCGUGACUUUAUGGCCGUAUUUCCAGAUGUGGUCCGUGACCUAACCACCUAUACAAAGGGAUUCAAUUGUAAUGAUGCUGUGAAAUGGUUCGCCCAGGUCUUGCAAUACAAUGUGCCCCGUGGCAAAAAGAAUCGUGGCAUCUUAACGGUGCUCACAUACAAAAAUCUAGUGCCUGCCGAAGACCUAACCCCUGAGAAUAUAAAACUAGCUCAAUAUUUGGGCUGGUGUGUCGAAAUGCUGCAAAGUUUCUUCAUUAUAUCGGAUGAUGUGAUGGAUAAUAGUAUCACGCGCAGAGGCCAAAAGUGCUGGCAUCAGGUAGAAUCAGUGGGCCUCAUAGCCAUUAAUGAUGCCCUAAUGAUAGAGAAUGCCGUGUAUGCGAUACUUAAGCAACAUUUCAGUCAUUUGGAUUGUUAUGUGGCUUUGAUGGAGCUGUUUCACGAGGUCACCUACAUCACAACUUGUGGACAGUCUCUCGAUUUGCUCAACUCAAAUAAAAGUGUCUCAGACUUUACUAUGGAGACCUACAAGGCAAUUGUGGAAAAUAAGACGGCACAUUAUUCCUUCUAUCUGCCCUUUGCGCUAGCCAUGCAUCUAGCUGGCUACAAAGACGCCGAAGCAUUUAGACAAUCAAAGACGAUUCUACUUGAAAUGGGCCACUUUUUCCAGGUGCAAGAUGAUUUUCUUGACUGCUUUGGCAAUCCAGAGGUCACCGGCAAAGUGGGCACCGACAUACAGGACAACAAAUGCUCCUGGCUCGCUGUGGUGGCCAUGCAGCGCGCCAAUGCGGAGCAGAAGCAAAUCAUGAUAGACUGUUACGGACAAAAUGACCCCCUCAAAGUCGAGCGUGUUAAGGCUCUAUAUAAAGAGCUUAGCUUGCCCUCUACAUAUGCCAUAUUCGAGGAGGAAUCUUACAAUAUGAUAAAAACUCACAUACAGCAAACAUCUCGGGGAGUGCCGCAUCAAACAUUCUUGCAAAUACUUAACAAAAUCUAUCAAAGAGACUCUUAAACAUAAUACUAUCUGCAAAUAGUAUACAUAAUAGAUUUUAGACUAAAUUGCAAUGGCAAUAGUAUAUGCAAUAAGUAAAACAGAAUUUUUGAACUCACGAA